AUGGCUUGUAAAAACCAGAACAAGCCACCACUCAACUCCAUGCCCAUUUCUGCUACUCUGCCUUCUUCACGUAGGAAGUCUAUUGGAGGGCAUGAGCUGAGUUCACACAGAAGGUGUAGUAAGCUUGGAGCUGAUAAAAUGGUUGGAACAGGAAAUGUUAGUGGAAGGAUGAGGCUAGCAUUCUCUAUUGUGAACGGGGAACAGGAGCUUGCUCCCAGUAGUGACCCGCCAAGUAAUGCUGGAUCAGAGUAUGGUGCCAACAUUGAGUUCACUAGAGAGGAUGUUGAGACUUUGUUGAAUGAGAAAAUGAGAUACAAGAGCAAGUACAAUUACAAGGAGAGGUGUGAAACUAUGUUAGACUAUAUAAGGAGGCUGAGGCUUUGUAUAAGAUGGUUUCAAGAUGUAGAAGGGAAUUACCUGUUUGAGCAGGAGAAAUUGCUUACCGCAUUGGAAUUUGCUGAGGGUAGAUGUGCUGAAUCAGAACUGGUCUUGAAGAACAAGGAAGAAGAAUUGAAUUUGAUCAUUGUGGAGUUGAGAAAGAGUCUUGCUUCUUUACAAGAUAAACUCUCCAAGGAAGAAUUAGAGAAGAUGGCUGCAGUAAAUUCUCUUUCGAAAGAGAAAGAGGCCAGAACUGAAACAGAGAAGUCGCAAGCAUCCAUCUCUGAGGAGCUUGGUAAGGUUCAAGGAGAGCUCCAAAGUGCGAAUCAGCGGAUAACUUCAGUGAAUGACAUGUACAAGCUGUUACAAGAGUAUAAUUCAAGCUUACAGCUAUAUAACACUAAACUUCAGACAGAUCUUGAUAUGACACACGAAAAUCUCAAGCGUGCAGAACAAGAGAAAGUUGCUCUAGUGGAAAACCUUGGGAACCUAAGGGGUCAAUUCAAGUCAUUGCAAGAGCAGUACACAUCAUGCAAAGAAUCUGCAGACGAAUCUCUGAAGCAGAAAGAUUUGUUGGUGAGUCAAGUUGCAUCUCUAAAGGGAGAGUUGCAACAGGUGAGAGAUGAUCGAGAUCGACUUACAUUGCAAGUGCAAGAUUUGACAGCUGAAGUGGCUAGUUACAAGGAGCAGUCGCAAAAGUCAAAUGAGUUCGAGGAAAAGUAUCUGUUACAAAAUAAUGAGAUAAGGACGUUGCAGUACAAAUUGGAAGCCGCUGAGAGUAGAUUAAGGGAGUCUGACAUGUCUGUGUUUGAGACAAGGACAGAGUCUGAAGCUCAAAAACAACUUGCAAUAACAUUACAAAGUCAGUUGGACGAUGCUGAAAAGAAAGUUGUUGAAGGGGAGCAACUUCGGAAGAAGUUACAUAAUACAAUCUUGGAACUGAAAGGAAACAUUCGCGUCUUUUGCCGUGUGAGGCCCUUGUUGACUGAUGAUGGUAUUGGAAAUGAUGGAAAAGUUCUCUCCUAUCCCAAUUCAUUAGAAGCUCUUGGACGUGCCAUUGAUUUAAAUCAAAAUGGUCAAAAGUAUUCAUUCUCUUUUGACCAAGUUUUUGCACCUGAGGCAUCACAAGAGGAUGUAUUUGUGGAAAUUUCACAGCUUGUUCAAAGUGCUCUUGAUGGUUACAAGGUUUGUAUUUUUGCCUAUGGGCAAACAGGAUCUGGCAAGACUUACACCAUGAUGGGAAAACCAGGGCAGCCAGAGCAAAAGGGACUGAUUCCCCGAACGCUGGAACAAAUCUUCCAAACAAGGGAGGCCCUUAAGUUACAGGGCUGGAAGUACGAAAUGCAGGUAUCAAUGUUGGAGAUUUACAAUGAAACCAUUAGGGACUUGCUAUCAACCAAUCGAGAUUCAUUUCGAGACGGUACUCCUAAUGGAAAGCAAUAUGCAAUCAAGCAUGAUCUGAACGGGAACACAACUGUCUCUGACCUUACUGUUGUUGAUGUUCGGAGUUCUAGGGAGGUCUCAUAUCUCUUGGACCGGGCAGCUCACAGUAGGUCAGUAGGUAAGACACAGAUGAAUGAGCAAUCAUCAAGAAGUCAUUUCGUUUUCACCCUAAGAAUAUCUGGCGUUAAUGAGAGCACUGAGCAACAAGUACAGAGUGUUCUGAAUCUGAUUGAUCUUGCUGGAAGUGAGCGCCUUUCCAAGAGUGGUUCUACUGGUGACCGAUUGAAAGAAACCCAGGCAAUCAACAAAAGUUUGUCAUCACUGAGUGAUGUCAUAUUUGCCUUGGCAAAGAAGGAAGAUUUUGUACCAUUUAGGAACUCAAAGCUCACAUAUCUGCUCCAGCCAUGUCUGGGGGGAGACUCAAAGACGUUGAUGUUUGUAAAUAUAUCACCAGAGGCAUCAUCAUCUGGCGAGUCACUAUGCUCACUCAGAUUUGCAUCCAGGGUCAAUGCCUGCGAGAUAGGUGUUCCUCGACGCCAGGCUAACUUACGAUCUCCAGACUAUCGCUUCAGCCUGGGCUGA